AUGCAAUCCGCCUCUGCACGAACCGAGCCGACGAAACGUUGCGUUUGUUUUCGUUCCGAGGUGCCGCUCCGAGCGGCCGAGAACCACUCGGAGGAGAACAGCGUCGAGCCGUCGAGAAUCACGACUAGUAGACAGCCGGGUGUGUGUGGGGGGGGGGGGGGGUAUUAUCCAAAAAUAAAUAGGAUACAAUAUAUAUCCAUUCUUCUAUGGUAAAGCUAAGUUAUACCCAUUCACUAACUUUAUUUAGGAUAUAGCCGAACUUUGCACAGAAAAAAGGAAAAGAUGAGAAAGGUAAAUAAAAUAAGAGUCGUUAAAUAAAGGAUCCUCUCCCUUCCCUUUUUCUGAUUCCCUCUGCCUUUCUUUUUGUUUAUAGAGCGACAGCAGUUCAUCCUCAAGCUCGCUCGUGCGUUCAUGAUGUUUGGUGCGCCUUCGCAUCGCCUCGAGGCGCAGUUACAGGCGACAGCGCGGGUGCUCGAGAUCAAUUGCCAAGUCAUCUACAUCCCAGCCGUCAUGCUCGUGUCCUUUGGCGAUUCAGCGACCCACACCUCCGAAGUGAGGUUCGUGCGGCAGUCCUCGGGUCUCGACCUCGGCAAACUCAAGACGGCGUACAUGAUCUACUAUGACACAAUCUACGACAAAAUCUCGGUCACGGACGCGUCGAAGCAACUCGACGACCUCAUGCUCGCCGGACCGGUGAGCGGGGGAAGAAAACUUGAGAUGGUCGCGUUUGGCUGA